AUGGCCCAGAGCUUCGUCACGUUCUACAGCACGGCCAUGGCGAUGGACCUGCGGUGCCUCUGGAGGCUGUACGUGGGACCCGACUCUUGCGGAAAGGCGAGCGCCCAGUGGGUGCGCGGUGCCAAGCGCUCGGAGGCCACGGCGCAGGGGGUAUAUAUGCUACUUGGUCAAACUCUGUAUGGGGUUGGGGGCGUUCAAGUCGACGACUGCGAAUCCACCUGGCUGGAGCUUGGACGGAAGCUUCGCGUCACUUUCGGAGGGAGGCUGGAUUGGGUCAGUGGCGCCAGCAAUGUCUACGAAAUUUCGGCAACGCUCGUCCUCUACAGCUCCUACAGCUAUUACAUCGAGGAGUCGACCAUGAAAAUCUAUCCUGAGCACUACGUGGUGGACGUGGAGCAUGAACCCCAGCAUCAGGGUCCGGUGAAAAACAAGAAUCGCAAGUCAUCUCUGAUUCCCCACGCAUCCCUGGACACACAAACCUUGUCGGACUUCACGAUCCCCGCCGGCAGGGUCAGCGAUGACUGCUCACUUCCUGACAACGGCGGAUCGUUCGAUCCCGAUACGCUGAAGUCGGGAUGGCAGGCAGAUGACGCAAUGGGGGAAUAUUCUCCCGCAAAGUGGGAAUCCAAGGACGCCAACCCCAGUGUAUGGUACACAUAG